AUGGAUCUAGCACGUUAUUUCAGUUUACGACGGAAGACUACCGGCAGUCACAACAGUACUCACGCAGCGCACGGAAAGGACAGGACUUAUCUGCCCCUACUUGCAAGUCCCAUCAACGAAGAUGUCCUCGAAGUGGUAUCGGGUAACUCUUCAGAUUUGGAGAAAGUCAACACCCACACAAGCACACUCGACGGUUCGAACGAAACGACUACAUUUGCUGGGAAUGGCAGAACAAGUCGCGGAAACAUCAUCGUUUACAAACAACAUACCGAAGCCAGCACGAUCGAGCUCUUCUACGAUCUUUUCUUCGUUGCGAAUCUUGCGUACUUUACAGCUAUGCAUCAGCAUACCGAUGCAGAAUCACUCAUCAACUACAUCAAGCUCUUCACACUGAUGUGGUUUACCUGGCUAAGCGUCACACUUUUUGACGUGCGCUUCAGCAUCGACUGCGUAUGGAACCGCUUUCACAAAGCCAUACAGUUCGGCAUCUUCACGGGCUUUGUGUAUGCCGGCCCAGUUUUCGACAAGUACAGCACCAGUGGUGUCGAGAAAUCGUACCGAAACUUUGCUAUCGUACUCGUCAUCGGCAGAAUCGCAAUUGCUGUUCAAUACGCUGUGGUUAUGUGGCAAGGCCGCAUGUUCCGUCAGACCUUGAUUCCAUUAGGGCUCAGUGCAGGUGUACAUGCUGCUGCAGCGAUAUGCUAUGCCGUUACCAUGGUUGUAUUUCCCAAGGGCCGUGUUGGUCUUGAGGAACAACUCGCAUGGGUCAUCAUAUCCAUCAUUGAAGGUCUUCUCAUCUUUCUUAUCGCCAUGAUAUGGCGCAUCAUCAGUUUCAAAUACACUCAUCUAGCGGAGCGGCUGCAACUCCUGACGCUCAUCAUCAUUGGGGAGGGUAUCAUCGGAAUGGUCAAGAGCGUGGCAUGUAUCACCAAAAGCCAGACGAGCAACAACAUGAGUGAAAUUGGAACUGUCAUCGCGGCCAUUCUUCUCUUGUAUCUCCUCUGGAUGCUAUACUUCGACCAGCUUUCCCAUGACCGCUUCGGAACCGUGCGCCAACAAGUAUGGGCUCUGCUACACUAUCCACUGCAUUCGGCAAUCCUCCUCUGCGUCGAAGGAAACACCUCUCUCAUCGUGUGGAACUCAGCCGUGCAAGCUCUCAAGUGGAUUUGGUCUUUCAAGCCCGAGAACUACUACGAUCCAGCCAAUGGUUACUCCGACACCAGCAGCUACAUCGACUACCUCAACCAGAGCAUGAACGCUAUCAACGGGAGAUUCAAGAGCAAAGCCUGGAACACUACAUACAACUGGAACACGAACUUCACUGCAAUCGAGAAUUACACUGCCACAUACGGCUUCAAAUCAGACGAAUGGAACAAUCGAACCGGCGACGUCACCCGUCAUAUGUUCGACAGGGCGCAAGUCUUCGUGUACGAGGCACAUUAUGAAUCUCUGGCGAAGCUCAACGCCGUUGCCGCGACUACAGCUAGUCCGCGGAACAAGCUAGACGCCGUUUCUGAUGUCUUCAACACCACUACCAUGCAGUUCUUCAUCGGCGCAGGUUGUCUAUUGUUGGUGCUCGCGAUCAUGUACUGGUUCAACAAGAUCCACAAGACGAAGUAUGAGUUUGGCGAGAUCAUCAACAGAGUUGUUGUCGGCUUUACGCUUAUUAUACUCGGAAUCUCUGUCGUCAUUGCGGACAAGACCACCAGUGGUUUCAAGUUCAAGGGGAGUCAUUGGAUGAUUCCCAUGGUGGUGCUGUUCUUUGCUGCAGGUAAGUGUCCUCCACAUUUGUUAUCGAAAGACUGA